GCAUUAUCUAGAAUCGAGAGAACAAAAACACCGCGAUAAAUUCGAUGUCGUCAAUUGUUAAGAUCAUUGAUAAGAUUCAAUGAUAGAAAAUAGGAAGUAAAGCAACGAAAGAUCUUGCUCGUCGAGUGUCAAUUUGCCCGUAUUGUAAGUGCUUCUGAAAAGAUUGCAUCGCGAAUGUGUGCGCGCGCGUGUAAUGAGUGAGAGAAGAGGGGGGAGAAAAGAAGAGAAAGAGAGAGAAAGCAUAGUUGUGUGCACGCAGCGAUCGUGGGUGUUCGUCUCGUCUCACUCUCUUACAAUUAGAAGGUGCUGGUUUUUCGAAGGGUGUUCGUUAAAGAAGAAUAUUUUGGCGGCGUGCGAGUGCAGAAAGAGGAAAAAAAGAGCAGGAGUCUUUUCUGAACGUAUCGAGAUACGGUGACGGUUUAGUGGCAGUGCGGGAAAGGAAGGGAGCUAGGAGGCCGCGAUUAGCAUGUACUUACCAGUGUACACCAGACUCUUCUCUCGUGCACUAAAAGGAUGUGUCAUCGUUAAUAGCUUAAAAUUGACAAAGGAGAUAAAGUAUUUUUCUCAUUAAGGAAACUUUCUACAAGAAAUGUUAUCCAUGAAAAAAGGUCUCUGUCUCAAUAAACAUGUUAAAAUACUCGAGAUGGAUAUGCCAAUAUAUUGAGACCUAUAUACUUUUGUCCUAGCAAGUAGAUUACUCUACUGCCUGCCAACAAUAGCACGCCCACGCAAUUUGCAACUGUACAACAAAUUUCAUGAUAAUAAUUUGAUGACUGUUAAGAAAAUUCUAUAGGCAUUCGAUGUUAAUCACGUGACAUUAAGAUUAAAAGUAGUCAUACAAAUAAAAAUACUCCUAUUCUUUGAGAACAAGAUCAAUAAUAAAGACCUACAAUUUGACUGAAUUUAGAAACUAAAGGAGGAAAUUAUAAUUUUAGUGAAUCUAUUUUAUUACAUUAAAAUAUAGAACAAAAUUAUAAUACUCCAUUCUUUCCUACUGAUCAAGUCGUUGAAUAAUAGAAUGAUACUUGAUAUUAAUCAGAAAGCAACUACCGAUAUACCUAAACAGUUUAUAUUACUAUUUAGAGGAAGAAAAAAGGCUUAUGAUAUUUUGUUUAGUUAAACGAUUGUUUCUACAUAAUUUCGAUGCUGUAAUUAAAUGAAGUAUUUUACUUAAAUAUAGUCUGGUUAAUUCCAGCUAGCACAUAGUUAUGCAAUGAAACUAAAUUAUAUGACCGUUUGAGAUACAGUACAGUUAAUGCGUGUACAUAGACUGUUGAUAAUAAAGAACAAACUGAGAGUAUAGUAGCUAAUAUUUUUAAACAGAAUGUGUAAAAGUUAUUUUAAAUCAUUGCAUAAGUGGGUGUACAUAACAACAAAGAAGAAUGAAGGAGUAAUGAUAUGCUUGAAGUAUCCUAUGGAUGGCAGAGGACGUAUUUGCUAACCCUAAUAACAAGAAGGGUUAUAAAUAUGGAUAUGUUUAGUUCUGGAGUGGUACAAGUAUUCGUGGGCGAAUGGAGCCCCGAAUAUGAAGCGCUGUCUAUUAAAGCUACAAAACAGACUUCUUCAGCAGAAAUAGUUGAAUGUAUUAUUGAAAGACUGGGUUUGGUAGAUGUUUCCAAUGGUUACGAGUUAGCAGAAGUGGUAGGAAAUUCUGUCGGGCAGGAAUGUAAAGAAAGAAGACUUGGUCCUUCUGAAUGCCCUGUAGCGCUUAUGUUACUUUGGCCAAAAAGUGUUGCUCAGCAAGAAUAUUACAGGUUUUACUUGAGGAAAAAGCAAACGGAUUAUUUAUGGUGUGACAGCAGAUUUCCUAUGGAUCCACAAUUAUUAAAGGAUUAUUUCAAUAGAUUUCUAUAUCAACCACGAGAUAAAGAAUAUCCAGAUUUAUGCCAGCUUCCCGAUCUUAAUGAGCAGACGCUUUUGGACAAUCUUCGUGCUAGAUUCUUAGCUGGAAAUAUAUAUACCUAUGUUGGCAGCAUAUUGAUUGCUUUAAAUCCAUUUAAAUUUUAUCCCAUUUAUAAUCCAAAAUACGUGAAACUUUAUCAAAACAGACGAUUGGGGCCCGAUAUACCUCCGCAUAUAUUUGCGAUAGCUGAUGCGGCUUAUCAUUGCAUGUUAAAAGAAAAAAGGAAUCAGUGUAUUGUGAUCAGUGGUGAAAGUGGUUCGGGUAAAACAGAGUCAACAAACUUUUUACUACAUCAUCUAACUGCCUUAAGUCAAAAAGGUUCUCAUGGUAGCGGUGUUGAACAAACAAUACUUAGUGCUGGUCCUGUACUCGAAGCAUUUGGUAAUGCAAAGACUGCACAUAAUAACAAUAGUAGCCGUUUUGGAAAAUUCAUACAAGUGAAUUAUAAAGAAAAUGGAAUGGUACAUGGGGCAGUAGUUCAGAAAUAUCUGUUGGAAAAGUCAAGGAUAGUUUCUCAAGGAAGAAAUGAAAGGAACUAUCACGUUUUUUACUAUUUAUUAGCUGGUGCAAAUGAACAGGAAAAACAGCUCUUACAUUUAGAAUGUUGUGAACGUUAUAAUUAUUUAAACAAAAGUGGCUGUUAUGGUCUUGAAAACAUCGAUGAAAGGCAUGAAUUUUCGAGAUUGAAGCAAUCUAUGGAGAUGGUGGGAUUCACACCUGAAAAGCAAAAACGACUUUUUGCAGUUUUAUCAGCUGUUCUUUUACUCGGUAAUGUGGAAUUUCAACCAAGAAAAUCUUACCAUCAUCAUGACGAGGCAGUAGGAGUUAAGAAUCCCGAAGUCGUCGCAUUAAUAUCCGAAUUGCUUAGGGUGAAACAAGAAACUCUUUUGGCUGCAUUAACUGCUAAACGCGCACGUGCUUCUGGUGAAACAUUGGUCAUUAAUUAUAGACUUCCAGAAGCAAUAGCGGCAAGAGAUGCAAUGGCCAAGUGUUUGUAUGGAGCUUUAUUUGAUUGGAUCGUACUUCAGGUCAAUCAUGCUUUACUCUCGAAAAAGGAUACGUUGAGGGAUCAUCAAGGCAAUAGUAUAGGUGUACUUGAUAUCUUCGGAUUCGAAGAUUUCAAGACAUGCAAUAGCUUUGAACAGUUGUGCAUCAAUUAUGCGAACGAACAAUUGCAACAUUACUUUAAUCAACAUGUUUUUCAAUAUGAACAAAGAGAGUACAGGAAGCAAGGAAUCAGAUGGACAGAUAUAGGAUACAGUGAUAAUUCUGGUUGUUUAAAUCUUAUUGAGGGAAAACCAAAUGGACUUCUUUGCCUUUUAGAUGAUCAAUGCAACUUCCCAGGUGCAACGAAUGAGACACUGUUACAAAAAUUUAAUACAGUGCACAAAGAAAAUCCAUUCUAUGAAGCACCACAGAGACGUGAAGCAGCCUUUGUCGUACGUCAUUACGCAGGAGCUGUUAAAUACCAAGCUUCUAAUAUGAGAGAGAAGAAUUUGGAUUUGAUGAGACCAGAUGGAGUGGUUGGUGUGCUCAAAAACUCAUCCCUUGCUUUUGUCCGAGAGCUCGUCGGUGCCGAUCCGGUCGCUGUAUUUAGGUGGGCUAUUCUCAGAGCUUUUUUUCGAGCUCAUUUUGCAUUUCAGGAAGCAGGACGUGCACACAGACAUGGCAGAGCCGAUGGCAAUAAGACAUCUGCACAAAACAGAUAUAGGACACCAAACGAGAAUUUAAUAAGCCAUCUUGUGACGUUAUCGGCCGUCAAUCUAACUAUUAACCGAAUUGCUUCUCACAAACAUACUCGUCCACCCAGCUAUCAGAAGCAACGAAAUGUCUGUUUACCAUCGACCACUCCCACUGUCACAUUAUCCUGCGUACAAAUUGAAAACGACAGUGUAAACAACAAUCGAUUAUCGUGGCCGCAGUUUAGAAACAUUAAUCAGACUCAACACCCAUCGAAUAUAACAACAACGAAGAAUUACAUAAUAAGGGGCAGGGAAGACCAGCCUCAUAGUAAUAAUAAAUUCAGACGAGAUACUCAUACACCACUUGAGAGGGUGCUUCCGAAAGACGAAGUUAAUAACGUUAUGGAACGCGCUAAUCAAAUUGUCAUGAAAAAUAAAUCGUUUCGUCCAAGGGAACGAGGUAAAAAGGGGCUAAAAAAUCUUCAAACUGUGAAAACUCUGGCUGGAAGAACGCAAAGUUACGGAAGUGGUCCUGGAAAAGCGAGAAAACAACCCAUGACUGUAUCGGCACAAUUUCAACAAAGUUUACACAGCCUUAUGGAUACCUUAAAUCAAGCAAAUCCUUUUUUCAUUAGAUGCAUAAAAAGCAAUGCCAAUAAAGUUCCAAAUGAAUUUGACGAAGAAACCGUACAGCGGCAGCUAAGAUAUACUGGAAUGUUAGAGACCGUUCGAAUUAGACAGGCAGGCUUUAACGUCAGAUUAACAUACGACGAAUUUAUUCAGCUGUAUCGAAUGUUAUUACCUAAAGGGCUUUUAAGUUCGCAAUCGGAUGUACGUGAUUUUUUGUUAACAUUGAAUCUGAACAGAGACAAUUAUCAGCUUGGAACAACAAAGGUAUUUCUUCGAGAAUCCGAGAAGAUAAAGCUGGAUAUAGAAUUGCAUCAACAAAUCAUUACAAGUAUCACGACGAUACAAAACUGGUUUCGUGCUUGCUUAGAAAGAAGAAGGUUUUUAAGGUUAAAGAAUGCGGUAGUGCAAAUUCAGUCAUUUUGGAGAAUGGCAAGUGCCCAACGAUUCGUACAAGCGCUACGUGCAAGAACGGAAGCUGCUAUUCAUAUUCAAGCUGCAUGGAAAGGAUACAAACAACGUACUUGGUUUAAGAAAUUAACAUCCUGCAUAACAAUCUUUCAAGCUUACGUCAGGGGUAAUAAUGCUAGGAAAGCUUUCAUGGAACUUAAAAGGCGAAGGAAGUAUAUGAAAAAAAUCGAUGAAACGACAGAAAAUCGGGAUGUCGAGGAACAUAUGCUUCAAAAACUCACCUACACGCUUGCUAAUACCGAUGCAGAAGAAUCAUUGUCCACCUGUGAAGAACGUUCUUUGCCAGAAUACACUGUGUCACCUCGAAAAUUGGAAGCUCAGAAACGUGUCACGCCGAUUAAGCAAGAAAACUUAUGUAGAGAAACAAUCGGUGAUACAAGUAAGAUACCUUACUCUAAACGAAAAAUUAUACAGAAUAAAAGGAUAUUGCACGAAUCGAAUGUCACAUCGAAGAAUUCAGAAACGUUUUAUUCCGAAGAAAUUGGUGAACGUAAGAGCAGCAUCGAAAGUCUCACUAGCUUAAAAAGUUAUGAAUCUCAAGGUAGCGUUAAUAGCUCCGAAUCGCAAGAGAAUUCGAGUUGCAAGCCUAUUCCCAGUACGAGAACGAAACGUGGCGAACAUGCGGUCGUUAUUGUUGCGAAUACGAAUUUAAUGACCUCCAACAGAUUGUCUUCGAUAAGUAAAAGAACCGAUAGCUCGUCAACUGGUUGUAGCGAUGGCGAAACAGAUGGAGAUACGCCGAAUGCCGUACAAAGUGCUCCACCCAUUUUCAAUGUCACUCCGUCAUUUACAAAUCCUAGAGAUACCAAAUACCAUCCCAACGCAAAUUUAAAUCGCAGUCCAAAUUCGGAUAUUUGGCGAAGAAGAGCUGAGUAUCCAUCUAUCAAUUAUAACGAUUACAUUAUGUCAGUGCCUCAGAAAGCAACCGUGACUCGAUCUCCGAACGUUUCUCAGUAUAAAAACAUUACUGAUAAUGUCUUAGAACACUCCCGUUUGGACCAACCAAAUGAAGCCGCAAAUUACAACGUCAAAUUGGACUCCAAUGAACGUUUCGUUCGGAUGGAAAGUUCACGCGAUUCGCGUUUAUCGAAUGAUCGUUUAGAAAAUCUACCGAUUUCACCAUCUAGACGAGAGCAGAACUAUGGCUUAUGUAAAGACGUCAAAGAGAUCAAUUACUUAAGAAGGCAAAAUUCCGAAGGCGACACUGCUUCUAAAACGGAAUCCACGAACGACGAAAAAAUGACAAAAAACGUUCUCGCCAGAAGAGUAGAUCCUAAAGAUAAAAAUUCUAGGCCGAAGGACAAAUUUGAGCCAGAUGUACCGGUAAGAAGUGCUAGACGAAAUCGGCCAUCGAGGGAAGUCCAAUGCAGGUCCAUGGGCGAGAGCGUCUCAGAUGUGAAUCCCGGAGAGACUAGGAAUUUAUUCCUAGGUACUAUUAAGGAGGCGGACAUGAAACGUAUGGAAAAUAUCAAUGUAUGGACGAGGAAGGAGAGUCCUAGCGAAGUCACCUCUAGAUCCGUCACCGAUUGGCCAGUAAAUAAAAAUGAAGCGGUUUACAAGGGUCAACAGCCAGGAAAGCGGACAAGAUCCAACGCUAUAACAAGUUUGGAACUUCGAAGAAGAAAUUCCGAUCCAGCUACGAAAAUCUCUGUGUUAAAUGACGAUAAACCUGGGGUGGACACUAGUCCUAACGAACUGAAACUCGCUCCUGGUAUGAAUCUGUUGGAAUGGAAAGGUAACAAUCUUUUUACCUUAGCUGGUCAUCGUUUCAGAAAAGUAGCACGUUUCGCCAAAGACGAUGUUUGCGUUUGUUGUCAUGAAAAAAUGGAUGCUUUUGUUACUCAAGGAUAUAAGUGCGUCGAUUGCAAACAAUUGUAUCACGUGAAAUGCAUUCAGAAUGGAGGAGUACUCAAAAUGCCAUGUCUUUUAACAAAUACACCAAAUAGACGGAAAAACAGAAAGCCUCCGCGUACUCCGUACACCGACACCAGCAAACAAACAGUGACUUCGAAAUUCAAUCUUACCGGGACCUCCGCUUUUUCCGAUAGUACGGAUAAGAUCAUAUCUGAUGCCAAAGAAUUGGCGUUUAUGCAGGACUUCAUUACUAAAAAAAUAUAUAUAAUGGAGGCCCAAGAGGAAGGCAGUAAACCCAGCGAAGUGGAUCGCGUUUUUAAGCAGGCGUUACGUAAAUUUAAAGACGAGCUGGUGAUUACUUACAGCGUUGCUAUUCAACAGGGCGUGGAAGGAAACAUCAAGUACACCGAUUUAAUAGCGAAUUUUCUUCACGUUAUGCAGACUGUCUGUAAACAAGAAAAUACCAGCGAAGAUUUUCCCGUGACAAUGGGCGUUAAUGCCUUUAGAGGAUUUAUGAACGAAUUCAUGACGUUGGUUAAGACCGAAGCGCCGGAAAAGCAAAGUAAGAGCAAACGAAAAAAGGAAAAGAAGCGGAAACAAGAAGAGCCUAUACGACAUGGUAAUCAUAUGUUCCAAUUAACCAUCAUUAAUAUUCCCACCGCUUGCGAAGUUUGUACUUCGUUUUUUAUGUGGCCGAUCGAACGAGGACUUGUUUGCCAAAAUUGCAAGUUGACUUGUCACAAAAAGUGUUACACAAAAGCAGCGGCUGAUUGUGGAAAGGAGGCGUCUAUGCUAGAAGCGAAUUCGCGUAGAGUUUUUGGUGUUCCGUUGUACAAAUUGGACUGUGGCGACGGCAAAGUACCUCUCGUAGUUGAUCGACUGAUCACAACUAUAGAGAUGCAUGGAUUGUACACCGAAGGUAUAUACAGAAAGAGCGGAGUAAGUUCGAAAGUACGAGAGCUCAAAGUGAAAAUGGACGAGGGUGAUUUAGAGAAGGUAGACUUUGAGAAUUAUCAGGUACACGUUCUCGCAGCCGUUUUGAAGAGCUUCUUCCGAGAUAUGCCUGAGCCCCUGUUGACUUUCGAAUAUUACGACGAUUUCCUUCACGCCGCAAAUUUGACGGAUCCUCACGAUAGAAUCAGCACGCUUUUUGCGAUUCUAAAGAAACUGCCGAAGCCAAAUUUUGAUCUGAUGGAACGAUUGAUCGUACAUCUUGCAAGGGUGGCAUUGCACGAAGUAGACAAUCGAAUGUCAUCGUCUGCCCUGGCGAUCGUUUUCGCGCCGUGUAUAUUGAGGACGAAUCGAACUUUGCCGGCUCAAGAUUCGCUUCAAGACGUUGGUAGGCAGACUCGCUGCGUGGAAACGAUCGUGCAGGAGAAAUUGCGAGUGGUCAGAGCAACUUUGGCCGACAUAAAUACUUUGGAAUCUGCUUGCCACACGGCGACCCAUCGAUUGUCCAACUUAAGAUCCUCAAAGAUAUUUAGUCCGGAAGAAUUGAACGUAGCGACAUCGAAUAUCGCGGUAAGAACCGGUGCUGCCGAUAGGGAAAGAGAUCGGGGAGAUGAAGAGGAAGCUUUGCUCGUCGAUCACAUACAAGAGAUUCAAAAGGAGAAAGCUCUGUUGACGUCCACGUUACCGAGCUUGACCCGUGCUUCUUCGGACGACGAUCUUCUUCUCUCUGCUACAGACUUGGACGACGGAUCUCUCGACGAUUUGCUUCCACCUUCUGCCGACGGUCUGGUACGAAAGAAACCCAUUCAGAGGCAAAGUUCUGCAGACAACACUUUUCCCACUAUCAUAAGCGUCGACGAAGACAUGGUGAUGGUAUGACCGUCAUCCACAGGCAACAUGUCCGUGAAACUUGGACGAUAAAAAAGUGUAGCAGCACGAUAAGCUUCGCGUGGUUUCGGUCGCUCGGCAGUUGCUCGACAGCCGCCAAUUCUGGUCUCAUCCAAAUAACGCCAAGUUAUUUUAUUCGCUAGUUAAAACGACUUUUAAGUAGGUCUAGUAAUUUGUCAACCCUUUAGGAUCUCAAGCUGGUGAUUUGGAUCGUCGCUUACUUCCUUCGUUCCGUGGUAAAACGUAGAUCGUCUCGACGUAACGAUAUGAAAAAUAUCGCGACGUCAAUCUAAUAUCGCUAUAGAAGCUACUCUUUUCCUAGGAUACAUUCCUUUUUACCGAAGACUGUCAACAUUAGAUCGCGACUUUUUGCGAGAGUUCAUCUUCCAACACAGAAAUCAUUUAUUUUUCUUCAUUUUUUUUUUCGUACAUCGAUAUAAGAAACGCAUCGAUAGUAGUAGAAGGUUAUUCUAUUUUCUAUCUUUCACAAACAUUCGAAAACGUUCAAAUUGUAUACCUUGAUAAGGUAACGUUCCACUCAAUAAGAAUGAAAAGAGAGACCCCCCUCUCCUGAUUAUUGUCCCAACCACGAAUCUGUUAGAUUUUCUUUGACAAUCGGAGAGAUUAAAAUAAAAUCGGUGACAUGACUGAAAACCGAUUGAUAACAGCACGACGACAUUAGGCUGGGUUUCGUGAUCGAACGGCAAAGAGAAAAACGAGGACCGCGCUGGUCGUUUUUUUCCUCGAAGAAGAAUCCUUGUUAUUUCGGUGGUAUCUUCGAGUCGGUUGAGAAAAGCGAGUUAUCAAAUUGCUAGAUCUAAGCGGAAAAACUUUGUAGCAGAAAAAGUACGAAAGAACGUGGAAAACCAAAAUAUAACUUGUACAUAUUAUAUCAUACAACUAUAUCUCAUAUUAGUCUGUUACUAUUGUUAAAGAUACGAGAGACGUUACCAAGGUUAUAUUUCUACUGUCGAUAUUUCAUCGUAGCUGGUAAAACGUCGAUAUAUGAAUAAUAUAUCGGGCUUGCCGAUUUUUUAAUUCGUUGCAAUUAUUUUUUUCUUUAUUUUACCUUUUCUUUUUUUAACUUACGUUCUUUUCCAUGCGACGAUUUCAUACGCAGACGCAAUACAUCUUUGUACCGCGCAUCGAAUUUACUUUACGUAUGAGAACUUAUGUAUAUACAUAUAUAUGUACAUAUAUACAUACAUAUAUAUAUAUAUAUAUAAAUUAGAAAAAUUUCGUACGGGCAAAACUGAAAGUGAGUAGGCUUUUUUUACUCGACAUUUAUAUAGCAUGUCAUUUUAUUUUCGUUUUUAUCGUCUAGUUUCUUCGUUAGCCCAAGCGCGUUUUUUAUUCAUUUUUUCGCUUCAUUUUGCUCAUAUUCCGUUUUAAUCGCAUUCGGAGUCUAGGUCCUAUUCUUCUUACGCUCUCGUACGUUCUUUGUGCCAGUUUGUCAAAGUUUCUUGCUAAUUAAAAAGAUCGAGGAAACGUUAGAAAAGACUCAUGAUAAAUUUAACAUCCAGAUUUCAUAUUUUUUUCUCGAACUCUAACAACGAUCAUCUCAAUUCUAUUUUAGCGCACGCCAAAUCUCUUCAUUGAUGAUAAAUUAUAUCUGUUUUCGAACUUAAUUAUUCUUUACAUUUAUCAGAAAUAAACAUUCCUAUUUUAGAUCUCUAAUCUAUCGAAUUGGCGCACGAAAACUAUACGUUCCUCGAUCUUUUCUCGUGUCUUCCAACGUUUGCACAUUCACAUUAGGACGUUUUUUUAUGUUUCGAUUAAUGGCAAAGGUCAAAUAUCAAAUAAGGUAUAACAUUAAUUUCGCCUAAUUCGGUCGGCUCGAUUAAUGACUAAUGCGUAUGCGGUUUUUAUCCCAGUAACAAAAAAUUAGGUGGAAGAUUAGGAAAAGAUGCCGUUUUCGUUCUUUCAUAGUUUUCUUUUCUUUCGACUCAUUAAGAUAUUAUUUGUAUUAUUUUCAUUUUUUUUUUCUUUUUUUUCUAUUUUUUUUUUUUUUUUUUUUUUUUUAAAUAACUGGUUACCGAACCGAGAGUUUUUUAUCUGCCUGUUCGUUUUAUUCUUCUUCCUUUCACCUUUUUCUAUUUUCUAUUUUCUUUUCUUUUUCUUUCCUUUUCAUUCUUUUUUAAUGCGCGCUUCUAAUCAUUUACUUGUCGCGCACGAUGAGUUUUAGAAAUAUGAAAGAGAGGAGGAGAUAUGGUCGAGUUAUCGCGAUGUAAUGUUAAAGAUUAUUGAUUAUAGUUGUGUUUUAACGUUCUACGUUGUGUUUUAUUCUACAAGCCAUGACAUUGUGCUACGGCACUGAGCAAAAUACGAUUCGUUAUGUUUCGAGCGAAACUGAAGUCAUAAUUCGUUGCAAUUGUAGUGGAUCUCGAUUUCGUUGAAGAAAUAUAAUAUAAAAACCGUAUCUUAUGCGAGUAGUUGCAGUGUUAUCGUUGAUUUUUCAAUGUACAUAGUUAUUGUAUCUCUUGAAAAGAAUUUACAUGAAACAUACAUACAUAUAUAUACAUAUAUGUAUAUAUAUAUAUACACACAUACAUACACACGCAACACAUGCAUCAUAGAAAAAUCUUUAUCGUUUUAUCAUACAUUUAUAACAAAAGUUAAACAUUUACAAAUUGUUUUGUUUUAUUUCAGUUAGUCUUCCCAUUGCAUAUCGAAGAAUCGAGUUGUUAUAUUUAAAGUUUCGCAAACGCCUAUAGUGAUCGCAACGAUAUCCAUCCAUCCAUCCUCUCUCGAGAUCUAUAUAGAAAUUUAUUAAUUUUAUAAGAUCUUAAUCAGUUAGAUUUAUUCAUUGUCGAGCUGAUGUUUAGUCCUAUUUUAUUGACGAUAAAAAAAAGAGAAAAGAAGAAAUAUAAAUUAAUUGGUAAGAGAUAUAAAUAUCGGUACGUGUAUACAUACGCUUCUAUCGCGCAAAGUGGUUUUACACGAUCGCUGAGUAUCCGUGUGUUUUGAUAAUCUUCGGAUAGAGAAAACUUGAAAUGAGAGUCGAAUGGACGAUGAUAGAAGUUCGAUAGUAAAAUUUUUUUGAUAUCCCGACUAUCAGAGGCAAAGAAAUAUCAUCGAGCCUAUAUACACGUUUAUUGUCUUUGAUUUUCUUCAUUUUCUUUUUUUUUUUUUGUUUCUUUUUACAGUGAUAUUUUUCAAUAGUAGACACACAACAAAGAA